UUGUAUAAUCUGGCAACGCCGUGGAUUUUGCCGCCAAAAGAAAAGUUGCUGGUGUUUAUUUACAAAGAUAACACACUUUUAAGAACCUCGAAUGGACGCGGAAAUAAAGCAGCAGUUCGAUGAAAUGGGCGUGGAGCCCGAGGAUGCGGUGGUGGAGAGGUGUGUGGACCUGGCCAUCACGUAUAAUGUAACCGAUGCUACGGAGUUUGUGGAACAGUGGAUGGCGUUCAGCCUGUCACAUCUUCACGGCGAGGAUCCUACCACCGACAACCUCGGAGAGUUCGAGCGCAAGGUGCUGCAGCUUAGGAAAGACAAGAUUGCUUCCAAGGCAUCUGCUCAGAAGGUGAACUCCUAUGCUGCGACAGAAACAAACUCCCUGGCCACCUAUGGCCUUAUUGAAGACGACCCCAUGAUGGAGGACUACAUGGGAGAUUCGGUAGCGGAUUCCUCUGCCAUGCACACGCCCAAGAGCAAAAAGGAAGCACCUCGCCCUGCAGGUCUCAAGGGCGGAGUGCUCUUCAGUCCCGCCAGCUUCACUCCCCAAUCUGCUAAAAAGAAUCAAACAGGAACCCCAGGAAACGCAGUUAAGGGCAAACCAGGCGAUGUUGUGGACUCUUUUGGACACCCAAAGCUCUUGUCCGGUUCCAACUGGCAGUCGGAUAUGGAACACACAGUGCCUGUUGUCCAAAAACUUCUCCACAAAGACGCCCCACUGACUGUGGCCAACCUGGGCUACAUGAACGAUCUGCUAAGUGAGCGUUGCGAUGACCUGCACGAUCGACUGGUAGAUACUGGACGAGCGCUGAUAGACAGGAAGCUAGGCGCUGAAGGAGCAGCCGAGUGCAGCUGGUAUCCGCAAGACAAACAUACGCUUGAAGCCCUCCACUUACUGCACGCUGUAGGGAUGAUCCAUUCCGAAGACGAUGGCCCGCUGGACCCUCACUCUGCUUUUCUAUCCGUAUCCGACAUUGACAACAACAGCUUCCUCUCGCUGAACUUCUCACGGAUCAAGUCAUGCAGUAUAUUCCCAGGACAAGUUGUGCUCGCUAAAGGGUUCAUUCCAAAGGGCAAUUCCUUUGUGGUGGAGGAGAUCCACACUGAGCGGAAACUGACUCCCCCAAAUCCCUUAAAAGUUGACAGGGAGCUGCAGUUUGUAGUGGCUUCCGGUCCAUUCACAGAUAGCACCGAUCUGUGCUAUGAGCCGCUUCACGACCUCCUGAAUUACCUCAAAGAUCACAGACCCGACGUGCUAGUCUUAACUGGUCCCUUCCUGGAUGCAGAGCACAAAACUAUUGGUGAGCUAGUGGAAACAUUCGAAUCCUUCUUCGAGAAGAUGAUUGCUGGAAUUAUGGAAGUGGUUGGGUCCCACACCACAGUGCUGAUGGUGAGUAGCCAAAAGGAUGCUAUGGCUCACUCCGUAUAUCCCACCCCACCACCAACUCUCCGGAAAAGUUAUCCUAACUUGCACUUGCUGCCCGACCCUUCCAUUGUGGACCUGGAUGGAAUAACACUGGGCGUCACCUCCACUGAUGUGGUGGAUCAUCUGCUGAGCCACGAACUGGCAGCGAAUGCGGGCGAGCGAAUGCAUCGGGCCAUCAACCAUUUGUUUCAUCAGGGUUCCUUCUACCCCAUUUAUCCGCCGGCGGACGAAGACAUGUCCUACGAUUCCCAGCUAGCCCUCAAGUACGCCCAAAUCAGACAGUUGCCAAACGUGCUCAUACUGCCCGGCGAUCAGCGACACUUUAUCCGCUUGGUAAGCGACUGCCUAGUCAUCAAUCCCGGACGACUGUCGGAUAGUAAGGGCGGCACAUUCGCCCGCUUCUUAGUUUCGCCCACAGUCCCCGGAAAGGUGGCCAACAUGUUCAACAGUGUGGCAUGUCAGGUGCAACGCAUCUAAACAUAUUUUAGAAACGAAAAAUA